GUCACUCUAACGGCCGCUUCUAAUUGCAGGCACCAUGACGAAGCUGAACUCGGUGCCGGUGUCGCUGAAGAACAGGCCGCGCAUACCGACUCCGGACGUGACGAAGGAGGUGGUCGACCGUGAGCAGCGGUUGGCAUUGUCGGCGACGAACGCGGCGAACAUCGGCGCGGGCGUGGUGGGCGUGAUACCAACGAACGGUCACUAUCCGACCGACCUGUCGGUGGUAGUCCUGUCGCCUAUACAAGAAACCGAAGGCACACCCGCGUCCGGCAAGUCCGGCGCGGCGGCCCUCGCGCAAGCCGUGCUCUCGCCGACACUGACCAGCGCUGGCCUGAUGACGCCGGUGACUUUAACGCCGGUCGCCAUGGGCCACCUCACGCAGCUGGGUCUCAUGAAGACGACUUCGACGACGGCCACGCACAUCAAUAAUUCGGGCAACAUCGUGCAGGCGACGUUGACCGAGGUCAACAGUAGCGAAGAGGAGGGUAGCGGAAGUGGCAGCAGCAGGAGCGGCAGUAUCACCGGGCAAGAGGACCGUUCGACGCCGUUGAUCGACAACACCAACAGCCCGACCGGAAGCAACGGUAGCUCGCCCACCUUCGGCGGUUACAACGAUCGCUCGCCGAUCCUCAUGAGACCGGAGAAACUCGGCUACAUGGUCACCGCCGGCGUGCCCGCGCCGAGCAGCGGCACAGCCGCGGACGCGCGAGGUAGACGAUCGGCAUCCUUGCCCGGGCCGCCGGUCCUGCAGCCGCGGGACGACCGGAGUAUAUCGUUGCCGCAAUCGCCGGGAUUGCAGCCGCGAGAAACUCGAACGGCCUCCGUGUCGAGUAAGCAGAACGGGCUGGUUGACGUGGACAAGCUGGCCGGCGGUCACUCGGCGGGCAUCCGACCACGGACCAGUAGCUUCGGUCACGACUUGUCCAGGCCCACUCAGAGGGCACAGGACGCCUCGAGGAAAAUCAGCAGCGUCUCGUGCACGAACGCGUCGCUCUCGAGCGGCUUCGGCUCGGCGUCUUCGACGUCGUCCGCGAGCGUGUCCGCAACGACCACCGUCGCGGGCAGCAAGAGGGGCGAGGUUUACGUUUGAUAAAGGAAAAUCGACACGCGACACGGACGGUUGAGCCGUCCCGAUGAUUAGGAGGUACAUUUAGAAGGGUAAUUUAGACGGCGCAAUUCCGUCCGCGUUUCCUGAGAUUCAUCUCCGUCCGUUAUUGUGAUGUCUCGUGUAAAUGCACGUGACGGUUCGCGGUAUAUUUUUGUAAUUUCUCGCUCGUAUUCGGGGGAGUAACAUGAUUAUCCUCGAGGUAGAUGCGGAAGGUAACGCGAAUGUUCUUGAGAAACGCGAGAAGGAUAAUCCGUGCUACUCCGCUUAGCGCGUUUCUGAUAAUUUUACGAAACCUUUGGAAUGUCCUGCGAAUUUGAAACGAAUGAAGGCUUGACAGGAUGUUCCAAACGAUUCGCUACUGAAAAGUUGCAGUGGCGUCGUGCCACGGUUUAAAUAUUUUGUCGUAAUAACGAUCAACGAAGGGACAGAAUUUGUAGAUCGCACGAUUGUAAAUAGUAAUUUAUGUGUUAAAGACUCUAUAUGACUCGUAACGAUCAAUCCGAUGUAGGAACAUAUAUUUAAAAUGCGUAUGUAUUAUAUAAUCGUUAACAUUACUCGGCACGAGUGUAAGAUGGUUGGGAAUCUUGAAAUAGUUGCAUGAGAAGAUAAUUGGAUCUUCCCGACGAAGAUCACGCGGAUCGCAUAGCUGAUCGCCGACCGAUUAUCGACUUACACUCGCGACGAAGGAAAAAGCUAUAAGUGUAAUAAUAGUACGAAACAAAGUGCUUUAACAACUUAACGGGAAAUCUUGGAAAUGUACUUUUUGUAUCGUCGUGCAAUAAAAUACAAUACUGUAAGGAUGCGUCGAUUAUAAUGUUACAGCGCACACUAGUUGCUACACUAGUUUGUUAUUAGUAACUCUUACCCGUAAUGUAUCGCAAUCUCAUUGUAAAUUUAUUCCUUCGCGUCAUGAUAUUGUGAUAUCGUUUUCUACGGAUAUCUGUAUGACGUUUUAUGUAGAUGUAUCUAUAUAGCGCUACGUGGAUCAAUGAUGCCGAGAGAAAUCAAAUCCGUUAGCUAUAUAAUAUAAUUCACGUACUUUUGUACAUAGUUUUACUUUCCUUUUCGACUUGCCGUUCUCCCUCCCCUCUGUCGUCUCGCUAGAAAUUUUUCAUACGUUUGUUUGCCAUAUGUUCGAUCGGUGCGACACAUCGAUAACCUCGUACACGCAUACAUACUUCUUCAUUUUGCCAUUUUUACAGACGCAUCGCGAAAAGUGAUGUAAGAGGCAGUUCAUGAGAGUUUAAGCGAUCAGCAUUUCCGAUGUUUCCUCGCAUGUACAUUCCGACUGUUUUAAUCUUAUUCGAUAUAUCUCGGGUUAGCUGAAUUGAUUAGCGAAACGCGAACGAUAUUGGAAUACGCGUCGAUGACCGCGGAAAUAUUUAUCUGAGAAAUCGUAGAACAUAUAUCGGCAUUAGUUUCUAUUAUAUUCUCGAUGGACGGAAAAUAAUUUGAGACAAAGCGCUUCUUGUAUGCGCAUCUCGGUGACGUUUGACGUGCAAUCACGUCGUGGCUCAAGUUGUUUGUAAUGACAAAGAGAGCUUCUUGUUAUUACGAGUAUAUUAGUGCGAUCGAAUGAGGAAAACGAGCGUG